CUGUUUUCCCAGAAUGCUUUGGGAGGAGCGAGAGCAAAGAUGGCGGCGAAUCCGAACUCUAGCAAACCCCUUUUUGAAUGUCCGACCUGGGCAGGGAAACCUCCUCCCGGUUUGCACCUUGAUGUUGUGAAAGGAGAUAAGCUUAUAGAGAAACUGAUCAUCGAUGAAAAGAAAUACUACUUGUUUGGGAGAAACCCUGAUAUGUGCGACUUCACCAUUGAUCAUCAGUCUUGCUCCAGAGUUCACUCAGCCCUAGUCUACCACAAGCAUUUGAAGAGAGUCUUUCUCAUAGAUCUCAACAGUACCCAUGGCACUUUCCUUGGACAUAUUCGGUUGGAACCUCACAAACCACAACAGAUCCCUAUUGACUCUACUGUUUCCUUUGGAGCCUCAACGAGAAUGUACACCAUUCGGGAGAAGCCUCAGACCCUUCCAUCUGCCUUGAAAGGGGAUGAUAAAGCUGGGGACGAUGAUGAAUUGAAAGGUCUCUUGGGCCUUCCGGAAGAGGAAACUGAGCUUGACAAUUUAACAGAGUUUAACACUGCACACAACAAGAGAAUAUCAACACUUACUAUUGAAGAAGGCAACUUGGACAUCCAGAGGUCACGAAGGAAGAAGAGGAACUAUCGUGUUUCCUUCAGUGAGGAUGAUGAAAUUAUAAAUCCAGAGGAUGUGGACCCUUCAGUUGGACGUUUCAGAAACAUGGUGCAGACAGCUGUAGUUCCAGUCAAGAAAAAGAAAAUGGAAAACCCUGGAUCUCUCAGCCUGGAAGAUUCUGUUGGUCGGCGUGUUCAGAACUUUCCAUUUUCUGGGGGCUUGUAUGUUGGCCUUCCUCCUGCCCAUUCUGACGGAGGGGGACAGGCACCUGGCAGCCAUGGCACAUCACUAAUUGGUGGAAUGCUUUUCCCUAACUUGGCACCAGAAGUUGAUCUUACUCCAACCACCCCCACCACUGCCACUAUCACAGCUGCUCCUACUGCAUCAAGCUUUGUUGCUGAAGCAGUCAAUGAGCCCAAGAAGAAGAAAUAUGCAAAAGAAGCUUGGCCUGGGAAAAAGCCUACCCCUCUUAUUUAAAGACAUAAACGCAAACUGUUUUGGAAUAAAAACUAUACAGGGGAACUUUAAACCAGUGAUUAUUUUCAUUGUAACAGGAUUCAGAAUGGUCAUAAUGUCCCUGUGCGAUAGCAUUACAGACAGGAAGUAGAAUAGGCUGUAAUCUUUUUUUUGUCUAGCUAUUAAAACAUCUUCAUCAGAACAAACACACUGCUUGAUAUAAGCACUCGGUAUGUCCUUUUGAUCAUGAAUCUGUUACACUGUAGAACAGGGAGUAUUUUGACACGGCUAAAGAGCACUCCAUCAUGUAAUGCCUAUCGUCUGGGAGGAGCCAUGCGGACUAGGAGUCUGUAAGAAACCACGCCAGAGCAAGACUACAGAGAAUUUUCCACCAAAGAAGGAACGUGUGUGUGUAUAUAUUUUCUUCUCUCUGGGAAAUAGAGACCUAUAUGCGUGUACAUCGAUAUGGAUUUUUGUAUAUGUUAAGUGAUUUUACAUCUCUGUAAAAUGAAAUUUACUAAUGGUCUGGUUUUGUUAUAUUUUAGUGUUCAAUACACUGUGUAUAUAUUCCUUUA